GUGCGUGAUUUAAAUAUUAUAGGAAACUAAGUGAUUUAUUUCAAACGGAUCGUCCGAUUUUGAUUACUUAAGUACUAGACAAAUGUUUUUCUUUUUAUGUAUUAGACUAUGUACGACAUAAUGAUAGAUAUAUCGAAUGUAUACUAAAGUUGUAUAUAUACAUAGCUCAUGAAGUUUAAACCUUAAAAAUGGUUUUGACAAUUUCACAAAGCGUGAAUAGCAAUGUACCUGCAGAUCCGGUGAAAUUUGAGAAUGGAAGAGUGUGGUGGCAAUGGACUCUCUGUAUUAUUGCGUACCUACCCUUUCUAACUAACGGUCUGCAGGCGACCCACUUAUGCUCCCUCCCUCUGGACCGGAUUCCCCGGCUGCUCGGCGUGCCGUGGACCGCGUCAGCUCACGUCCUGGCGGGGUUGCUGGCGGCUCCGGUGCUGUGCUGGGCUGCUGACCGGUAUGGGAGGCGGGUUGGGGCGUGGUUCGUGUGUGCUAUUCAGGCUAUUUCCUGGGUCCUCCUCCUAUCGAAGCCAAUACCAGAAGUUUUGAUAGCGUCAAACGCUCUGACUGGCGUAGCAUCAGCCGGCAUUUUCACAGUCCUACCCAUUUACGUGAGAGAAACAGGCAGCGAUGGUCCGACCAGACCGGUCACCCUCUCCCUAUUCAUGAUGAUGAUGAUACUGGGUCAACUGAUGAUGAAUAUUAUGCGGGUGGUGAUGGAAAAAGCGGUGAUUGAAUACGCCGUGAUGGGUUUUGUGGUUUUGCAGUUUUUGUUGAUGUUCUUCCUGGUUGAAACGCCUAGUUUUUGCGUUAUGCGCGGCAGUGUUGAGGCAGCCAAAAUCAACUUGGGAAAGCUGAAGUGUUUGAGCCAAGAUGCAGCAAUCAUUGACAAGGAAGUACAUUUGCUGCAAGAGGAGAGUGAAAGGGCGAAGGCUUUUGGGACCCUGUCGUUCAGGAGAAUAUUACAAAACGCCAUUUGGAGGGACGCAACCAAAAUCGGUUUAGUUCUGCAAACGAUCGCGGUGCUGGGAGGGCGGCACUUGUACCUGAACCACAGGAGGCUUCUAGAAGCUUCUGGAGUGGAGGUCGAAGAGGGGGCUUCGGACCUGACCGUGUCUGCCGCCAUGCUGGCUGGCAGUGUUGCCUGCCUCGCCCUGAUUGGGUUUUGGGAGCCAAAGUACAUCCUGACGCUCUCCCUCGCCACCACAGCGAUGUCCCUCGGCGUCUCCGGAGUGUUCCUGCAAGAGGGCCUGUCCCCCCCCGCGCCGCCGCCGCUGCAGCUCGCAGCCAUGCUGGCCGUGGCGGCGGCGCACGGGCUGGGCUGGGGGCUGCCGUGGGUUGUUGUGUGCGAGAUGGUGAAUUUAGAGAUCCGCGCGACUUUAAUUGGAUUUCUGUACGUAUACGCGGCAAUACUCCACUUCGCUCACGUACACACCUUCCAAGACAUUGAAGACUAUGUGAGGGUUUACUCCCUGUGUUACAUAUUCGCGCUGGCAAACAUUUUGGGAGGGGUGUACGCCCUGUUCCUAGUGCCAGAGACGAGGCGACAGACACCGAGAAUGAUCGAGAGGAAAUUGAAGCGGCGGCCCAUUCUGAAGUUGUGAUGCAGUAAAUGGGUGCAGUGUG